CUUUAACGUAAUGGGCAAUUGUAACGAAUGCGCUGAAGCAUCCAGCUACGACUAUGAAGUUGAGAGCGAAGACAGAAUUGAGGCGGAUAGACUAGAGCUCCUCGGAGUAGGUAGCUUCGCUAGAGUAUUCAAGCUAAAACUUAAAAAUUUCGAGUGUGAAGAACAUCCUUCUUUGGAUCAAAAUUAUUUCAAGAAGCCUAUUGCUAUAAAAGAGUUCUGUAAGGCAUAUAUUGCUAAUCACGAUGAUGCUGAAUUGGCUAAUUGAGAAGUCAGGUUGAUCAAAGCUGUGACUCCACAUCCAUUCAUAUCUGAGUUUAUUACCUCAUUCCAAGAUGCUGAGAAGGCCUACAUCCUGAUGGAAUAUAUUCCUAGCGGAGAUCUUCUAUAUCAUAUGAAAAUUGAGAAACAGAGUGCAACAAAGGGAAGACUGACUGAGGAACAGGCUAAAUUUUUAUGAGCAUGCAUGGUCUUGGCUCUCAAGCAUAUCCAUAGUAAGAAGGUGAUACAUCGAGAUAUUAAGCCUGAUAACAUAAUGAUUGAUAACAAUGGCUACCCCAAAAUCGUUGACUUUGGAGUAGCUGAUUUUGAGGAAGAUAUAAUUCAUGGAUCACAUUUCGGGACACUUUCCUACAUGGCUCCAGAGAUGGUUCUUAAUGAAAAAUACUCUUACUCAGCUGAUUUCUAUUCCCUAGGGGUGUUACUCCUGCUUAUCCUGACUGGAGACAUGUUUGCAGUCGGUAAGACUAUAGAAGAAGCCCAGAAGCACGUUCUCAAGAGAAGAAGAACUUUAUCAAUGAAAAAGCUUAAGAAACGUUAUCCUUUCUUAACUAACGAAUGUGUGGAUUUCUUGUUCAAACUCCUGAAGGGAUUUCCAGAUCAACGUAUGGGAGAGAAGGGUGGAAUCUCUGAAAUCAAGAACCAUCAUUGGCUCCAAAACAUCCCUUGGGAUGAGAUUGAGAGCAGGACAUUUGCCUCACCCCUUAUGAAAUUUGUUGAAAAUUAUACAAAAACUAAUAAUAAAGGCGAACAGUACUACAUAACCUUGAACAAGAGAGAUCUUGCCUUGCGUGAGAAGGAGAAUGAGGCAAAGAAAACCAUCCUAACUUCAUUUAUCAAUGACAAAGAUCCUAAUAAUGAGCUCUGAGAGAGCUUCGGCCAGUUCAAAAGAAUGCGGGUGGACAUCUCUGAGGAAGAGAUCCACUAUGAACAAGUUGAUGAUUAUCAAGGAAGUACAUAUCCAGAUCAGCAAAUGUUCCAGAAAUAAUGACACUAUUCCACGAGUUACCAAUCCUGAUGAUUGUAGUCCAUUGAAGAAGUUGGACGAGAACACUAAUCUUGGGGCUGACUUCAAAGUACAAAAGGCGGUUAAAGAUCUUGAGAGGACUGAUAAAAAGGUCAAAGGCAAUCUUCAGUCUAAAGAAGCAGAAAACGACUCAUUAGCAAUUAUAGAUUCUAUUGUUAAUAAUGAUGAAGUCAAAGUAUCCUUCCCAUUAAAAGGAAAACCUUCAGCUGUAUACAGAAGGACCAAGAAUACAAAAGUUAAGGAAGAGAAAGAAGUAAGGCUCUUUACAGAGGAGGAAAAGAAUCAAUAUGAGUCUAUAUCUGUUGUUUCUGAAUGUCCUACUGAGAAAUCAGCAUUCAUGGUGGCCGCUUCUAAGACCAGCAAAAGACAAAAUGGCAUUAAAAUUCCCCAGACGAAGCUUGUCUCGAAUAAAAAGAAAAAUAUCAAGAAGAAACGUAUUUAA